AUGGUAUCCCCUGAUGUCUUGGGGCUGUCGCCACUUCGCGAUACAAGACGCCAGUUACUUCUUGUUAAUUCUUCAUCCCCUGAUCUCCCACCGCUCCGGGAGGUCCUCGCAAACAGUCAGCCUCAGAACCAGAAUGGCCACCGGACUUCAACAUUACCAAUGAAUGAAAUGCCGGGCUUCGUUUCCGCAAGAAAGGUCACUUCGACGCCUUCAUUGGAGGCAUCUGUUACUACUGCCAAUUCCAAAGCGGUCGCGGGCUCGGCGGAUGAAGCUUUGGCCAAUGGUGGCUUCAUAGCUGGAGAUUCUGCCACUCCGAUCCAACAGGAAGAAGAUGUAAUAGUUGUCAAGAUUACUGGAAAAUCAUCCAGGAAACUUCGAGAGCGGAAAGUCACAAAACCAGCUGCGCCAAAACGGACUAAAUCAAUUCCCUCAACCAAGUCACAGUCUUCAAAAGACGAUGCUGCCGACAAAGACAUUGAAGAUACCCAAGUGAAGUCUAAGAUAAAGAAAAAGAGGACUGGUACUAUGAGUAACCAUUUUCCGCCAGCACAGAAAUACGACGCAACUGAGAAACUUGAGAAGGCCAAUAUGAAUGAACCCCUUCAUUUGGAACAAGCACCUGCACGGAGAUUAGACUGGACCCCCCCUGCCCAGAAGGCCGUGGUAAGCAUCGAUUCAGACUCGUCCACUUUCAAGAGGUUGGGCUCUUCUGAGCCAGAUCAACCACUUCCAGUCUUCAAAAAUCUUGUAGGAGGUUAUGCUUGUGCAGAAGAGCCUUCGGAAUUAGCAUACCGCACUGCACACGCCUCAGACGAAGAUUCAAGCUUUCUCAAAAAAAGGAAGCGCAUUGAGCUCUUGGCUACCAAGGCCACAAGCUCCUCAGUGGCGGAACCCGAGAAGUCACCCACAAAGAAACCUCCAAAGAAGAAGAAGCCUAGAACGAUCACAGAACUUGCCACUGCUGCUUACAGGGUGCCUAGUCAGCCCGACCCUGAAGCAUCAAGUGCUUCUCUAUUGGAUCACUUCUCGAUCGUCAAUCAUGACAUCGGCGGUGCUGCUGCUGAUGCACAGGCAACCAAUCUCAAAGGCAAAGGAAAGCAGCGGCGCAAAACUGCGAAAGCCUCUAAAAAGAAAGCACCACCUCAACCCGUUUUGCUGUCGCCAAGUGCUGCUUUGGCACAGGUUGCUAACCAAGAUUUUGUUUUUGGGACCUCCAGUCAGCUGGCUAGGGAAGAAUCGCCAACUGUCUUGAGAGAUCUUCAAGUUGCUCUGAGGCAAUCGGAUCAGAACGACGAUAUAGACUUUACCAUACCUAUCCAGAGUGAUGGUAUCGAACCGGAACAACAACGAAGCAAGCUUUGGGACGCUGCCGCUCGGGAUGCUGAAGGAGACCUUUUUGAUGUGGAAGUCAUAAACCUGAUAGAGGACACAACAAUACCACCGGUGGAGAGCGCUAAUGCAAACCCUUUCGGUUACCACGUGGGCGGAGAUGAUAGUAUUAUUAUGAUUGAGAGCCAUGCUCCAAGUGAACCCAACCCCAGGGUCGAGUUGCCGGAAACUCCAGCAUUGCCUGGUGAAAGGGCAAUGUCUGCCUUGGAGGGUGGUUCCCCCUACUUUUCCGACAGCGACUUUUCAGUUAGCACAAACAUUGGCCCAGCGAGGCCUGAGCAGAACUAUGCCGCCGAUGAGACUUUAGUAUCACCAACAGAGGAGAUCGAGAGAUUACCUGAACUUCCGCCACAGCCACCACGGCCUAGUUACGAGGACUUUACAGACAUCCGUCUGGCAAAAGAAAUCAAGAAGUUUGGCUUUAAACCUAUCAAACGAAGAAGCGCAAUGAUUGCCUUGCUUGAUCAAUGUUGGCAGAGCAAAGCUCGUACAGGCCAGGCAAGCUUUCAUGCCACAGCUGUAUCGCCUGCUGCUGCUAAGCCCAAAACUACAAAAGUCACCAAAACAAAGACCCCCCCAAAAGCUGCAAAGAGCUCCAAAAAGGCCAAAGGUCAAUCGCGGAGGAACAGUGUCAGUGCUUCGGAGCCUCAGGAACCGCCGCCUUCCGCCCAACCCCCUGAAACCCCUAAACGACCCGGCCGGCCAAGAAAGGACAGCCUCGAGUCAUCGCCGGGUAUUACUUCCCCAUCCAAGCGCAAGUCAGCUUCACCACCAAAGCCUACAGCAUCAUCUCGCCGGGGCAAAACUUCUCAAAAGUCUGUGAUUGAAAUUCCUGACUCUGAAGAUAACGGGAGUGACUUCGCGUCUUCACCGCAGUCCAAUCUUCAACAGACGUCUCCUUCUUCGGCCCCGUUCGAUAUAUCUAUCUCAACCAAUGGUGACAUAGAGACGGUACUUGAAGUCACGCAGACCGAUGAGGAGGUAGCUCUGUUCGAGCAUAUCGCCAAUGCCAUUAAGUCCGCUCCACGGACUAAAGACCCGCAAACGCCAUCAUGGAAUGAAAAAAUACUUAUUUACGAGCCCAUCAUACUGGAGGAUCUCGCAGCAUGGCUCAAUACAGGCGAGCUCAGCCGUGUGGGUUAUGAUGGAGAGGUAGACUCCAACGAUGUGAAGAAAUGGUGCGACUCCAAAAGUGUAUGCUGCGUGCCGCGAACAAACCACCGUGGCAAGGAACGAAAGCGAUUUUGA